AUGACUGAGCAACACCGUCUGUACGUCAAGGGAAAGCACAUCUCCUACCAACGGGCAAAGCGCACAACAAACCCCGACGUAUCCCUCAUCAAGAUUGAAGGCUGCGACACACCACAAGAGGCUCAAUUCUACCUCGGCAAGCGUAUUGCCUACGUCUACAAGGCCAAGAAGGAGAUUCGCGGAUCACGCAUCCGUGUCAUCUGGGGCAAGAUUGCAAGGACACACGGCAACUCAGGUCUUGUGCGCGCACGGUUCCGAAACAACCUGCCGCCAAAGACAUUCGGUGCAUCGGUGCGCGUCAUGCUCUACCCUUCCACCGUCUAA